UCAAAAUGUUAUUAUUAUUAAAACACAAAAAUAAAACACGGUGGUGGACUCAUCUUCUUUUCCUUGUUUACUGGCAGUGUACUUUCUUCUUCUUCAUUUCAUUUGUUUCUUCCCCUAGAUCCUUGGCCGGACUCCUCGCUCUUCCAUUUUUCCAAGCAAGAGAAGCGGAGCGGUCGAACCCGAAGCUUGCAGUUGGGCUUGAACCGGAGGGGGAGAGGAAGGAACCGGAUUGGGAGGUGUCAGGCUUGGGAUCGCAGGCGAGGUUGAAGGCAGGACUGCUUGUUAGGUAUGCGUUGCCUAUGCUUCUUUGCCUUCUCUAUAUAGAAGCUGGUAAAUACAGCUAGAACUUGGGUUCUGUUCAAAAGAAUAUUGUUCAGAGAUGGGGCGUCUAAAGCUGCAAACUGGCAUCAAGGCAAUUGAGGAAGAACCCGAGGACUGUGAGGCAGCCAAUUCAAAUAAAGCUACGUUGGCAUGCAUCAUCAAUUCAGAAAUAGGUUCGGUAUUAGCGGUUAUGAGGAGGAAUGUAAGAUGGGGCAGUCGUUAUAUAUCCGGUGAUGAUCAGCUGGAACACUCUUUAAUCCAGUCUUUAAAGGCAUUGCGCAAGCAAAUUUUUUCAUGGCAGCAUCAGUGGCAUACCAUUAAUCCUGUUGUGUAUCUCCAGCCAUUUUUGGAUGUGAUUAGAUCUGAUGAAACUGGUGCACCAAUCACUGGUGCUGCUUUGUCAUCUGUUUAUAAUAUCUUAACACUUGAUGUGAUUGAUCAAAAUUCCGUAAAUGUUGAAGAUGCCAUGAACUUGUUAGUUGAUGCCAUCACUAGUUGUCGAUUUGAGGUCACCGAUCCUGCAUCAGAGGAAGUGGUACUGAUGAAACUACAGGUUCUUCUGGCUUGCAUGAAGAGUAAAGCAUCUGUUAUGUUGAGUAACCAGCAUGUUUGCACUAUAGUGAAUACGUGCUUUCGUAUCGUUCAUCAAGCAGGAACAAAAGGCGAGUUGUUGCAACGAAUAGCUCGCCACACAAUGCAUGAACUUGUUAGAUGUAUUUUCUCACACCUUCCUGAUGUUCACGACACUGAACGUGCACUGUUAAAUGGAAGUACUACAAGAAAACAAGAGAUUGCUGGGCUAAAUAAUGAGUAUGCUUUUGGGAGUAGACAAUUGGAGAAUGGCAAUUUGAGUUCUGGGUAUGAUGGUCAACCAUUAUCCACAAGUCCUCCCUCAAAUGCUUCUUCAGGCCUGGUAGCACCUGGGAUUGAUGAAAGUGUACUCACGGUUUCUACUGAGAAGGAGGCUGUUCAAUAUGAUUUGCAUAUCAUGACUGAGCCAUAUGGGGUACCCUGCAUGGUGGAAAUAUUUCACUUUCUGUGCUCUUUGUUAAAUGUUUCUGAGCAUAUGGGGGUGGGACCCAGAUCUAGUACCAUAACAUUUGAUGAAGAUGUGCCUCUUUUUGCCUUGGUUAUGAUUAAUUCAGCUAUAGAGUUGGGUGGAUCCCACAUUCAGAAUCAUCCCAAGUUAUUGAGUUUAGUUCAGGAUGAAUUGUUUCGAAAUCUUAUGCAGUUUGGUUUGUCAACGAGUCCACUUAUUCUUUCAAUGGUAUGCAGCAUUGUUCUUAAUUUAUACCACCAUUUGCGCACUGAACUUAAACUACAGCUUGAGGCCUUCUUUUCUUGUGUGAUUUUGAGGCUUGCACAAAGUAAAUAUGGAGCUUCUUAUCAGCAGCAGGAGGUUGCUAUGGAGGUUCUUGUUGACUUCUGCAGGCAGAAAAAAUUCAUGGUGGAGAUGUACGCUAACUUAGAUUGUGACAUAACAUGCAGCAAUGUCUUUGAAGAACUUGCUAAUCUGUUGUCAAAGAGUGCAUUCCCUGUCAAUUGCCCUUUGUCUUCAAUUCACAUUCUUGCUUUGGAUGGCCUUAUUGCUGUUAUUCAAGGAAUGGCCGAAAGGGUGGGGAAUGGAUCAGUUUCUGCACAUACGCCAGUGAAUCUUGAAGAGUAUACUCCAUUCUGGAUGGUGAAGUGUGACAACUACAGUGAUCCUAGUAAUUGGGUUCCAUUUGUUCGCCGGAGGAAGUACAUAAAGAGAAGGUUAAUGAUUGGAGCUGAUCAUUUUAACCGUGACCCAAAGAAAGGACUGGAGUUCCUCCAAGGAACAUAUCUGUUGCCUGACAAACUUGAUCCACAAAGUGUGGCCUGCUUUUUCAGGUACACUGCUGGGUUGGACAAGAAUCUAGUUGGGGAUUUCUUGGGAAAUCAUGACGAGUUUUGUGUUCAGGUUCUUCAUAAAUUUGCCGGUACCUUUGAUUUCGCAGAUAUGAACUUGGAUACUGCACUCCGACUGUUUUUGGAGACAUUUCGAUUGCCUGGAGAAUCACAAAAGAUACAAAGGGUGCUUGAAGCAUUCUCAGAGAGAUAUUAUGAGCAAUCACCACUAAUUCUAGCUAACAAGGAUGCUGCGCUUUUGCUGUCAUAUUCACUCAUAAUGCUCAACACAGAUCAACACAAUGUUCAGGUAAAGAAGAAAAUGACGGAGGAGGAUUUCAUUCGGAAUAAUCGGCACAUCAAUGGAGGCAGUGAUCUUCCUCGAGAAUUUCUGACAGAGCUUUACCACUCAAUAUGCAAGAAUGAGAUCCGAACAACUCCAGAACAAGGUGCUGGUUAUCCUGAAAUGACCCCAAGCCGGUGGAUUGAUUUAAUGCACAAAUCUAAGAAGAACGCUCCAUUUAUCAUGUCUGAUUCCAGAGCCUACCUAGACCACGAUAUGUUUGCUAUAAUGUCGGGCCCUACAAUUGCUGCUAUCUCUGUGGUAUUUGAUCAUGCAGAACAUGAAGAGAUUUACCAAACUUGCAUAGAUGGAUUUUUAGCCGUUGCAAAGAUAUCAGCAUGCCAUCAUCUUGAAGAUGUCCUGGAUGAUCUGGUUGUAUCUCUCUGUAAGUUUACCACCCUUUUAAACCCAUCAUCUGUUGAGGAGCCUGUGCUAGCCUUUGGUGAUGACACAAAAGCAAGAAUGGCAACUGUGACUGUAUUUACAAUUGCCAAUAGGUAUGGUGAUUACAUUCGCACAGGUUGGAGAAAUAUUCUGGACUGCAUCUUAAGAUUACACAAGCUUGGCCUUCUUCCAGCUCGUGUGGCCAGUGAUGCAGCCGAUGAGUCGGAGUUUUCAGCUGACACAGGGCCUGGGAAGCCUAUAACAAAUUCUCUCUCUUCUGUUCAUGUAUCUUCCAUAGGUACUCCUAGGAGAUCCUCUGGAUUGAUGGGUCGGUUUAGUCAGCUCUUAUCUCUUGAGACAGAGGAGCCAAGAUCGCAGCCUACUGAACAACAACUUGCUGCUCAUCAACGCACCCUUCAGACAAUUCAAAAGUGCCAUAUUGACAGCAUAUUUACCGAGAGCAAGUUUCUGCAGGCUGAAUCCCUCUUACAGCUUGCACGCGCACUGAAUUGGGCUGCAGGACGACCCCAGAAAGGGAAUAGCUCUCCUGAGGACGAGGAUACUGCAGUUUUCUGUUUGGAGUUGCUGAUUGCUAUUACCCUAAAUAAUAGGGAUAGGAUUGAUCUUCUUUGGCAGGGAGUGUAUGAGCACAUAUCCAACAUUGUUCAGUCAACUGUGAUGCCUUGUGCUCUGGUAGAGAAGGCUGUUUUUGGACUUCUUCGGAUUUGCCAGCGGCUGCUUCCCUAUAAAGAGAACCUUGCUGAUGAUCUCUUGAAGUCCCUGCAGCUUGUCUUGAAGCUUGAUGCUCGGGUUGCUGAUGCUUACUGUGAGCAAAUUACACAGGAAGUCAGUCGCCUUGUGAAAGCAAAUGCCUCUCACAUCAGAUCCCAUGGGGGGUGGCGCACAAUUACAUCCUUACUCUCUAUCACAGCCCGGCACCCUGAAGCUUCUGAGUCUGGGUUUGACGCACUGUUCUUCAUUAUGUCAGAAGGAACCCACUUGUUGCCGACCAACUAUGCUCUCUGUGUUGAUGCUUCGAGGCAGUUUGCAGAAUCUCGCGUUGGGCAGGCAGAACGAUCUGUUUGUGCACUUGAUCUUAUAGCAGGUUCUGUUGAUUGUUUAGCAAGGUGGGCCCGUGAGGCUAAGCAAGCUGUGAACGAGGAUGAAGCGGUGAAAAUGUCUCUGGAUAUUGGGGAAAUGUGGUUCCGACUUGUUCAGGCACUAAGAAAAGUUUGUUUGGACAGAGAAGAUGUCAGGAAUCAUGCUUUGUCUUUGUUGCAGAAGUGCUUGACUGGAGUGGAUGGGAUCCCUCUUCCACAUGGUGUGUGGUUACAGUGCUUUGAUGUGGUGAUUUUCACAAUGCUUGACGACUUGCUUGAAAUUGCACAGGGACACUCCCAAAAGGACUACCGCAACAUGGAAGGCACACUUAUCCUUGCCAUGAAGCUCUUGUCCAAGGUGUUCUUACAGCUACUUCCUGGCCUAUCACAGUUAACAACCUUCUGCAAACUAUGGUUGGGUGUUCUCAGUCGAAUGGAAAAGUAUAUGAAGGUGAAAGUUAGAGGGAAAAAAAGUGAGAAGCUUCAGGACCAAGUACCCGAGCUACUUAAGAAUACCUUGCUUGUGAUGAAUUUAAAGGGAGUGCUCGUGCAAAGGAGCGCUCUAGGAGGAGAUAGCUUGUGGGAACUGACAUGGCUACAUGUCAAUAACAUUGCGCCAUCCUUGCAAUCUGAGGUUUUCCCUGAUCAAGGUUCAGAACAGUCCGCGACUAAGCUGGGUGAAAACGGAGGUCUAGUUUCUGAAGAAAAGGGUAAUGUACUUCCAACUGAAAUGGCCUCGACAGAAGUUUCUGGCACUGCAGAAACUGGCAGAAGACAUCUUUGAUUGUUUUCUGUAGAGCUGCUAGAUGUGGAUUAUUACAGAGGGUGCUGCUAUACAUACUGGUUGUUUGAAAAACCAAGCGGAUUGGUCGUUUCUUUGUACUCAUCUUCAUCUUCCUUCAACCGGUGUCCUCAACUUCGCCUCCGGAUACUUCUGUUGCAGUGUAUUCCCUGUCUAAAGCUAGCAUGUGUGUUUGGCCUCCUAGGCGGUUGCUAGUGAAUCCUUCUAUAUUUUGUACUGCCUUGUUCAUCAAUGUACAGAACUCGACGAUUGCUGCUUCUAACUAGAAUUUGUACUCGGCAUCUAAUCGUGCCAUGUUUGACAUAGUUUGGAGUUCUUGCAUCGCAAAUUGCCGACGUUUUGUUGCGAAAGUUGGUAUUUGCUGAUGCAUUGUUGAGCCUUGUGUAAGAGGAGCAUCCGAUUACAGGUUCAUGUGGUGUAAUAUAGUCUUCCCCCAUCAUGUUUGUCAUUUAACCUUUCAUCUUCUUCUUGUUCUCCCCCUCCAUCCACUUUUGGACCUUAAUGUAAUCAAUUUUGAAUUAAACUUUUGAUGCUUUCAGAAU